AUGCGCAUUCUCGCCGUACUGGCUUCUUUAUGCCAUCUUACCUCCGCACUAUCGAUCCCCGUUUACCCGAAGAAGAGGGAGGUUUCAGCUGGCGUUGCUAUUUAUAGUUGUACCCAGCCAAACACCAUUGCUCUCACUUUCGACGAUGGCCCAUUCGUGUACACAGAUUCUGUCCUCGAUCAGCUUGCUUCAGCUGGAAUGCCGGCCACGUUCUUCCUCAAUGGUUACAACAUCGGGAAUAUCAUGGACUACCAAGCCACAGUUAACAGGAUGAUCGGAGAAGGACACCAGGUUGCGUCGCAUACCUACGGCCAUCCAGAUCUCGAAGGACUUGGAGAUUUCGACGUCGAGCAGCAAAUGUCGCUCCUGAGCACUGAGUUCAUCAACAUCAUCGGCAAGUAUCCUGUUUACAUGCGUCCUCCCUAUUUUAGCUUCACCUCUCGAACUCUCGGAGUCCUUGGUCAAUUGGGCUUCAAGGUUAUUAUUGCUGAUAUCGACACCAACGAUUGGCGGUACUCGUCGUCUGGUGGUGCUGAACCCUCUUUAGCUUCAUACUACGCUGGGCUUGACAAUGGUGGUUCCAUUGUUCUUAUGCACGACGUUCAUCAGAAUACUGUUCAGAAUAUCCUGCCUCGAAUUAUUAAGGCAACUCUCCAAAGUGGAAAGAGAGCUGUGACCGUGGGGGAAUGUCUUGGAGAUCCCGAGACAAACUGGUACCGAGGUGGAGCAACCCAAACACCAGAAUGGAAUGGCACCGACACUCAGGUCAUUCCAGUCAGUCAGACGCCAGCACCCGAGAGAGCAGUUGUAUGGGAGUAA